UCGACUUUUUCUACAAAACCUCUCACAUCUGGCGGGAAAUACGCCUUUGUCGUCUUUAGUCUCAAUUUUAUUAGUUUAUUUGCCAAUUUAAUUAAUUAUUUCUACGUGUUAUUAAUCAACUGUGUCGAGUGCUACAUCAAUAUUUCAUUCUUCAACCAUUAAUCAUGGCUGAGAAAUUAGAAGAUCUAAAUCUCCCAAAUACUGUUGUAACGAGAAUAAUGAAAGAAGCACUGCCAGAUAAAAUUGCAAUUGGAAAAGACGCUCGAGUGGCAGUUGCAAAAGCCUCUUCGAUAUUUAUUCUCUAUCUCACGUCUACUGCAAAUUCGAUAGCAAAGAAAAGCAAUCGCAAAACGAUCAGUGGUUCUGAUGUUGUCCAAGCAAUCGAGGACAUUGAGUUUGAACAAUUUAAACCGCCAUUGCACGAAGCCUUAGAAAAUUUCAAGAAAAGCCAAAAAGAGAAAAAGGAUGCUAGCGCUAAAAAGAAGCAACAAAAGGAGGAUGAAGAUGUCCCCGAAGUGCAAGAGGACGAAUAGAUUUAAUUAGAGAAACUUCGGUUCGAUAUUUCACGUUGCUUAAUUAAAUUAAAUAUUUUUAUACGCAUAAGAAACAAUGAUUUUUGAUAUUUUUGCAUCUGUAUUCUAAUGAGGGAUGGAGCGUUAAAGAAUACUUAGACACUUUUAAUUUAAUAUUUCGAAAUUUAGAACAAUAAUAUGUAAAAUUGUUCAAAUUUGGAUGCCAAUAAUUCCCAUUAUUUCAUUUAAUGUCCGAAUCUUCAAUUUUGAAAUGCUUCUAUGGAAAAAAAAAACUUUUAGUAUGGCUCCACAAAUUUGUCUUGCCUAGUUUGUGGAUGACCCCUCGUUUGUUUUACUGUCCAACUGUAUGUUAAAGAAUUAGAAAAGAGUUAAAUAUCUAACCAUGACGUACAGGUUAUAAUGUCAACAUGCAUAGACUGAGUAAUCUUUUACCUUCGCAAUGAUUAUUUGAGUUUUAAGAUAGACUAGUUGAUAAUAUUCCUCGCCUGCUGACAAUUCAGUGCUAGUUUUGUAAUUUACAGUUAAGUAAAUAUACUUAUGAAGGAAAGCCGGUUUGUAAAAAGCUGUAGGCAUUUCAAAUGUCAAUAAGUAUUUAUUUUCAGUGUAUAAUUACAGUAUAUUAUAAGAGGAUGAUAUAAAGUAGUUAU